AUGUUGGAGCAAUUUGACAAGUAUCAUUUGUACGCCGGUGUCAUAAAACGACUAUUACUCGUCUCAGGACUGUUGCCGAGCAGGAAGCCGAGUACGCUUUAUCGACUAGUCACCUUCGUCCACGGUUCGGCUUCGUUCUACGUCUGUUGUGCUAUCCUAAAUUUUUGCUAUCAACACAUCGACCAACUCCAUCUCUUCUUGAAAGGACUCAGUUGGGCUCUGAGUUUUUUAACUGGUUUACUAAAAAUGUCUUGUUUUUUGCUUUACCGAGGCCGUCUGGUCGAGCUUCAUGCCGAGCUCGCGAGGACAUUCGAAUUAGAUUUGUACGACGUUGAGCUGCGUCCGAUUCUGUUAUCGUCUCUGCAAUCGUUCUAUUCGCCUUCGUUGACCCUGUCAAUGGUGACGGGUACGGUGAUAGGCCGGCAAUUGAUUACGCCAAUACUCUUGAUAAUAAUUCAACUGGCUCAUGGAGUGGACGUGCUCCAGCUCAUCCAACCAUUUCCGACCUCUUAUCCUUGGCGGCCAAGCGCCAAUACCUGGCUCUACUUGAGUCACUACACCAUCGAAUCUUACGCGGGAAUGUGCCUCUACCUUUUCACCUCGUUGAUCGACGCGCUUUUUGGUUAUUACAUUUUCCAAAUUGUUGGACAACUCCGCACGUUGGCGCAACGCAUAAGGAAUUUCAACUGUAGUGACAAUUAUCGCAGAGUCAUUAGCGAGUGCAUCAAAAGACAUUACAUUCUUAUGAAAUGUCAAAAACAUCUCGAACAAAUAUAUGGACCCAUAGUCCUCUGGAUGCUCGUCACUAAUGCGAUGGUCAUGUGCGCCCUCAUCUAUCAAGUUGCUCACGCUAGUCCGAAAAAAGCUGCGUUUAUCGCACUGUAUAUAGUCCUCAAAUCUGUACAAACCUUGGCCUACGGAUGGUUCGGAACAUUUCUAGAAAACGAGAAUAACAUGUUCCGGGAAGCGAUAUACGCGAGUGGUUGGCCAGGCUCCGGAGAAAAGUGUUUGAUGACCGAUGUGCUCAUUAUGAUGACGUAUAAGCCGUUCGUUCUCAGGGCGUGUUCACUCUCAAACAUUUCCAUCGACAUGUUUGUUACUGUUUCGAAUACCGCUAUCUCGUAUUACUUCAUGUUACGGACGCUGGAGGAGCAGAACGGAAAUUCUUGAAGGCAGCAAGCACGCGUGCACGAUGUCUAAUUCUUCUUUGUGCUAUAAUCGAUAAGAAUUGAAAAACGUAAUGACAAAUUUCCAAAUAUACCUUUGCAAACUUGGUUCAAAAUA